AUGACACUUGUUUUUCACAAAAGGCCGAUAUUGCUGAGUGCAAAAACGCUGCAGUCACUACUGGAUAAGUACAGUACUUACUCAGAUGAGAUAAAACCAUCAGGAACAGAUGAGGAAAGGUACGAAGAGUAUCUCAGUGCCGCAAAUUUGCUCUCUGGAAGCAUAGAGACAAUCAAAAUGAGCAGAAACGCUCUUCAGGCAUUGAUAGAUAAAUUGCAAAAAGAAUAUGAAGAAGCAAGAUCUAAGGGAAAUAAAAAAGACCUCACAAAUGAAGUUGAGGAGAUUGAAAAUGGCACGCAAUUCAAUGAAAGGAUUGCAAAGGCAAACGAAAUGGUAUAUAUACUAAGUGCCAGAGUCACAGAAGCACGGAAUCACAUGGGAAAACUUGCAAGGAAGAUGGGAAUAACUCAUAGAGAGCCCACAAAACAAAAACCUGCAAGAAUAAAUGAAACUCACGCAGAUCAGCAGACCGCAACAGAGUCAACUGCGACUGAGGAAACCGAAGAAGGUUCUUCACAAAAUGACGCCAUUUGGCUCUCGGAAGACAAUUCAAAUUCGAAAAAAAGUAGAGAAGACGAUGAAGAUUUCAUAUGUCGUACUCUCAAACCAAGGCAACUAAGUUUGCCACGAUUCUACGGGGACGAAGAAGAGUUCCCUGAAUUUUGGGCAAUAUAUGAAACGCUCGUUGACCAAAGUAAGGUUUUAAGUACAGUCGAAAAAAUGCUGUUACUUAGAGAUAGCCUCAAAGGGAGAGCAGAAACAGCCAUAAAAGGCAUACAAUUGAUCCCACAAAAUUAUAAGUGGAUGAUUAAUGCUUUGAAAAAGAAAUACGGUAAUAAACCGACUAACAGAGCAAAAAUAGUGCAAAAAUUAAUUAAUUUGCCAGCAGCAAAGAAUGAUGCUGAUAGCUGUAUGAACACGUUCGACAAAAUUCGAAUGCUCAUGAAUCAAAUGGUCUCUGCAGGCCAAAAUAUACCACAAAUGCAAGAUGCGAUGUGGACAGAGAAAAUUUUGGAGAAAUUUCCUUACACUAUAGUGAAAAACGUUCUUGUUACAAUUCAAGAUCAAGAUGAAGUGAAAAUAGAAGAUGUAAUGGAUCAUCUUGAGAAGGAGAUUAAUGCAAAAAAGUUUGUAGACGCACGUUUAAAAGGUCGUGUAAAAUUUGAAAACCAUCCGAACCGAAGACAAUACGGUGUGGAUGUUACAGAACCCCCAAAAUUGGGAAAAAUUUGUCGUUUUUGUGACAACUCAAAUCAUAUAUCAGCGAACUGCCGAACAAUCACUGAUAUCAAAUCAAGGCGAAAUAUGGUGAAAGAAGCCAGACAAUGCUGGAAAUGUUUCUCAGAAGAACACAGCAGUUAUGACUGUCAGAAACCAAAUUGUCCUAAAUGUGGCAAAAUGCACGAUGUAAGCCUUUGCAUUUCCACUUCAGAUGAUGGUACCAGGACAAGAUAUAGCGCUGGUGACCGAUCGCGCAAUCAAAGCUCCUCCAAUACCGUACCAGUUCCAAGAAAUAACACUACUGCUCGGAAUCAAUACGGCAAUGGCCGCAAUAAUGGUAACAUCCGCAACAAUCAGCAGACAAAUCCUCAUACAGCUGAUCACAGUACUAACCACUCAGCCGAAGGUUCCGUGUACAUUGACAAAAGAAAAGAGCAAGUAAUCCUGAUGACUGCCGAAGGAAAUGUUUGGAAUAAUAACACCAGACAAUUCGAAAAACUCCUGUUUUUCUUUGACACUGGAGCUCAAAAAACUAUCAUUAGAGAGCAGACCGCAAGGGAAUUUGGUCUUCCAACUCAGAAAACCGAAAUCUGCACAAUGUCAGGUAUAGGUGGACAUACCGAAAAAUAUCAAACAAACAUUGUCCCCCUCAAAAUCAGCAAUGCCUUUGGCAAGGAGAUCCAUAUGACGAUUCAAACCAAGCCAAUUAUCACCAAUGGCUUUUCGUCUGUACGUCUCAACGAUGCAGAUAAACAAUACCUCCAAGACAAUGAGAUUUGCAUAAACAAUCCGAGAGUUCGCGGUGAACAUCAAAACCCGCAAAUAUUAGUCGGUCUAGAUAACUAUUACGACCUCGUAAACACAGUUGACACUAUAACUUUGCCAUCUGGAUUACGCAUUGCGCGUACGGUAUUCGGACCAACGGUACACGGCAAAGGGUCAAUCAAUUCGCAGCAAGAAGCGACAACGAUAACACAUGGCCUCAGCCUCGUUCAAGAACAGAAUGAAUCAGAAAUUCUACAGAAGUUGUUCGAACUAGAUGGUUUAGGAAUAUCAUCAGAAGAAUGUACUAAGAACGAAAACACAUUCGAGUACUUCAAAAGCUAUUCGAAAUCAAUAUCGUUUGAAAACGGCGUUGUAACCGUACCCUUUCCCUUGAAAGAUAAUGUCAUCGACCUAGCGGAUAAUUACGGAAUAGCGUACCGUCGAUUGAUUUCGUUACAAAGACAACUAUCAAAUAAUAUCCACCAACUUGCAAGUAGAACCAGUGGAAUUAUUCUUUUAUGCGAUAUUGAAGCGGCUUUCACGCAAAUCAGACUAGUGGAAGAUCAUAAAGAUUUGUGUCGGUUUUUAUGGCUGAAAGACAUGAAUAAGCCUCCAAAUCGAGACAACAUAGCAGAAUACAGAUUCAAUCGUUUGCCCUUCGGUAACACCUCGGCACCAAGUAUUCUUAACAUGGCCAUUCUGGCAUAUUUAAAUCACAAGAAUACUCCGCUCUCACUGGAGAUUGCAAAACAUAUUUAUGUGGACAAUAUUCUCUUAUGCGCCACCACCAAAGAGGAAGCACUAGAAAAAUAUACUGCUUCAAAGAAUAUUUUCCGUGAAAUCGGCAUGAAUUUACGAGAAUAUAUUUCAAACUCUGCUGAAGUUAACAGAGCUAUCCCAAAAGAGGAUAGAGCGCCCACAGACAACAUAAAACUUCUUGGCGUCAAAUAUGACACCAAAUCGGACGAAUUUGUGAUGAAAGUUACAAUUCCACAAAAAGAAAAAUUAACCAAACGCGAUAUUGUAAGCCAAAUAAACUCGAUCUAUGAUCCCGUAGGCCUCGCAAGCCCACUGAUUAUCAAACUGAAGUCUCUAAUGAGAGAAAUUUAUGAUACAGGGAUAGAAUGGAAACAAUACGUUCCGCAAGCGCUGUGUAUUAAAUGGAAUUCUGUAAUACAAGAGAUAAACAAUGCAUGUAUAAGGGUCAGUCGACCAUUGCUACGUUCUCCCACGUCUCACACCUCAAGAAUUUCCUUAUGGGUGUUUUGUGACGCCAGCAAAAUGGCAAUAUCGACAUGCGCAUAUCUGAGGUGCGAAAACACUAAUGAGAUCACUUCAUUGAUUAGUGGAAAGAGCAAGCUAACACCAAAAAGAUCCAGCAGACUAUACCACGCUUGGAAUUGUUGGCUAUCUUAA